AUGCAGACACCCUUAAAAAACAAUCGUUUCGACGAAUUAGAAACGCUUCGUAAAAAGCUCGACGUGUCUUUUGGGGUUAUUAAUGAGCGAGUUGUUUCUUGGUUACCGCCUCAAAAGCCUGAAGAAAAAGAACAGGAAAAACGAAAUGAGAUAGAGGAAGAGGAAGGAUUUGAAAGUAGCGGUGGUGGUUGGUUAGUUGGUAACAGGCAACGAGGUUUUAACAAAUUAAAUAUUGGCGUGAAUGCCAGACUCAAACGUAAAUUAACCAGUAAACACAAUGAUUCUGAGGACGACGAUAACAUCAAUAAUACUAAUGUAAAGUAUCGAAGAAAAGCCACUACCACCUAUGAAGAUGAUGAACAGGAUAAAGACAGUAAAUUUGUUGCGAUCGUUACGAAGAACAGGAAUAAAAAGAAAAGCAUGGGCUGCGACUUUCUAUCUGUUUAUUUGAGUGAACGCAAUAGCAAAAAGAAGAAAAAGAAUAAUCAACACAAGAAAAAUGAUGACAGUAAUGGUCAUCGUCAUUCGAUUGAGAAGAGCGCACAGGUUGAAAAGAACUUGAACCAGAUAAUGGAGAAAAAAAAGGAAUCCACUAUUACCACUUUUAUAACCACACCUCUUGAUUUAAGCAAACUAAAGUGGAAGAAAACCAUCACCACCAUGGAAAAUACUUAA